AUGAGUGUUCUGUUAACUCGUAUAAAACCCCAACUUGAGGACACCAAAUAUUUGCACACCAACCACAGUUAUUCCAUCACCAGGAGGCGCAUGCUUGAUCCAAAUAUCGCUCGCGAAAUUUUAAAGCUUCUGGAUUUUGAUGGUUCUGGGACCGUGAAGACUUCUGACCUUCACGAGGCCUUCAUGGGGACGGGUUUGUCGGAGGCCGAUGUAAACGAAUUCAUUCGAAAGUAUGACAGGGGCAAUAAAGGCAAGAUCAACUUGGAAGAGUUGACUGCUAUGCUCGACAGUGUUCAUAGAAAAACCAGUAGAGCCUCAAUGAGCCGAUGA